AUGGUCAAGGAGACGAAGCUUUACGAUACCCUCAGCGUCAAGACUGACGCUACCCAAGAUGAGAUUAAGAAGGCCUACAAGAAGGCAGCCUUGAAAUGGCACCCCGACAAGAACAAGGACAGCCCCGAUGCAGCCGAAAAGUUCAAGGAAUGCUCGCAAGCCUACGAGAUCCUCUCCGACCCCGAGAAGCGCAAGGUCUACGACCAGUACGGUCUCGAAUUCCUGCUCCGCGGCGGCACCGCACCACCUGAAGGAGCUGCUGGUGGCAACCCCUUCGCCUCCGGAGGCAUGCCUGGAGGAUUCAGCGGUUUCAACUUUGAAGGUGGCAUGCCCAGCGGAGGAGGCACUCGAACGUUCCAUUUCAACACCAGCGGUGGCGGUCCUGGAGGCUUCGGCUUCAGCAACCCUGAAGACAUUUUCGCCGAGUUCAUGCGUAGUGGAGGUAGUGGCAUGCAUGGCGCUGGUGUUGAUGAUGACGACUUUGGUGGCUUCUCCUCAUUUGGUGCCGGUGGCCCUCGAAGUCGCAGCUCCCGCAUGAGAUCUGGCUUCGGUGAGCGCGGCCGAGACACAACCCCCGAAGUCACCACAGUGGAGCGGCCAUUGCCUCUGUCGCUGGAGGAGCUGUUCAAUGGUGUAACCAAGAAGAUGAAGAUCAAGCGCAAGACAUACGACGAAUCAGGCAAGCGGGUACAGACGGACCAGAUCCUUGAGGUUCCCAUCAAGCCAGGCUUGAAGAAGGGUUCCAAGAUCAAGUUUAAUGGAGUUGGUGAUCAAGUCGAAGGUGGCCGCCAAGACCUUCACUUCAUUGUCGAAGAGAAAGAACACCCUCUUUUCAAGCGCGAAGACAACGAUAUUGUCCACGUCGUGACUCUCGAUCUUAAGGAGGCAUUGACAGGAUGGCGAAGGCAAGUGACGACCAUUGACGGUCGGCAACUGAACCUCGAAAAGGGCGGCCCUACCCAGCCCAACAGCGAAGAGCGAUAUCCCAGCCUCGGAAUGCCCAUCUCCAAGAAGCCCGGCCAGCGGGGAGAUUUCGUCAUCAGGUACAAGAUCAACUUCCCGACGACCUUGACAAUGGAUCAGAAGGAGAAGUUGAAGGAGAUCCUGUAA